AUGUCGACUUGUAAUGAGCAACUGAGGAAAGAGUUCAGGAAAGAAUUUGCGAAAGGGGCUACAUUUAAAGACGUUCAACUCCCUGAUGGUGCUGGAGACCUUAAGUUCUUCACUACAAUUCUGAGGUUAAAUAAGUGGCUAACUGAUGUGGAGAUGAAUGCAGCAAUUUGUCUGCUAAGAGCAAGAGCAGUCGCCUACCCUAAGUCGUACCCGGAGGAUUUCACCAUCUUAGAUUGCCAGUUUGGCCCUUUGGUUACUUCAUACUAUGACGAAUUUGUUGCUGACUCGGUUGAUCCAGAAAAACCAGAAGGCCAUACUUUCUCUGACGUGUAUUUCCAUAUAACUACUGAGGAUUACACAAUGAGACGGGGACACAAAGCCUCUAAAUUGAAGGAAACAACGAAUGAUUACAUUAGCAAGUUGCCAACUGAUAUUCUAAACAUGAUCACUCGUAAGCUGGACCUGAAAGAUGCAGUGAAGACGAGCAUUUUAUCGAAAAGAUGGAAAUAUAUUUGGAUUAACCAUCCCGACCUCAUAUUUAAUCAACAUAAUGUGCUUGGACAGAACUUUAACAAGCUUAUGGAAGAUUCAGUAAGUGCAGAGAGUAAAUUUGUGAAAUACGUGGACCAAACUAUGCAGCAGAGGUUCAAAGGUGACGGCAAGAUUAAUUCUUUGUGCGUUUCUCUUGUGUUGGGGAAGUUCUUUUCUCAAUCUAUAGAUAGGUGGAUCAGUUGUGCCCUUAGAAAAGGUGUUGAGACCAUUGAUCUUAAUUUGUUGAAAGUAAGCUUCAGUUAUCUUUCAAUUUCAUCAUUCCCAAACCCCUACGACUUUCCGUGGCUUCUAACCAUCUCCGAAGAUAAAGGGACACUAAAACAUCUGCGAGUGGCAGGUUGCAGUCUCCAAUUAGUUCCAACUUCAUGUUCCAUGAAAUUUGAUUCACUCAUUUCCCUUAAGCUUCUAAAUGUUAAUAUAAACGAUCUUCAACUUAAGGAGGUUCUAGAAUGUUGCCCUUUACUUGAAAAUUUAAGUCUGCGUGACUGUUCUAAACUCACUCAUCUCAGAAAUGGUGAUUUUUCGAACAACACAAGGUUGAAGGUUUUGUCCUUGAAGCACUGCUCAAAACUUGAGGAGAUUAAUCUAUGUGUCGACAAUCUCAUGCAUCUGAUCUUGAAGUAUUGCUUUAAUGUUAGGGACUUUGAUCUACGUGCCCACAAUCUCAUUUCCAUUGAGCUUGCAAGUGUAGUUAUAAGCAAUCUUCAACUGACCAAGUUGCUAGAAAGUUGUCCGUUGCUUCGAGAAUUAAGUUUGCAUUACUGUUGUAAACUCACUCAUCUGAGAAUUGGCUAUUCGAACAACACUCCUCAUCUGGAGGUUUUGUCCUUGAAAUACUGCUUAAAACUUACGGAGAUUGAUCUCUGUGCGGACAAUCUCAUUUCCUUAAAGCUUAAACAUGUAAAUAUAGGAAAUCACGAGCUUGCGAAGUUUCUAGAAAGUUGCCCUGUACUUAAACACCUAACUCUGCAUAACUGUCAUAAACUCACUGAUCUGAGAAUUGGUAAUUCUUCAAACAACACAAGUCUGAUGUUUAUCUCUUUGAGGCAAUGUAACAAACUUGAGCAUAUCCAUCUUUGUGCUGACAAUGUUGAUAGACUUGAAUACACUGGAAUGUUAAGAUCGUGGUCAUUUAUGAAGACCCCGAGACUGGCUAAUGCUCUUAUACGUUACACUACUUAUGAUGGAAGAAGAUCAACAAGGGAUGCCAACAAUUUAGAUUAUGAUAUCUCUAGUUUGGCUCUUGACUUCCCUAUGCUGAAGAAUCUAAUUCUAUCGUCGGAAAUUGCUUUACAUUAUGCCAAGAACCCUAAACCAGUGACUGCAUUCCUUAAUAUGAGGCGAUUAGUUUUGUCUGUUAUCCCAUUCCACAGUGAAGACAAACUGAUAUGGGUUAGAUAUAUCUUGAAGGCUUUCCCCUUGUUGCAAACAUUGGAGUUAAAUUUGGACAGACCGUUCUUCCUGAGGCAUCCGAUAGAAAACGAGACGGAGAUAGAGGAGAUGGUCCUGGAGAAAUGUCCUAAUGGAUCCAUAACCGAGGUAAAGGUGAAUGGAUAUGUGGGAAACCAAAACGAAGUUGAUUUGGUAAAGUAUUUGUUAGAGAAUCUAACAGGGCUUAGAGAAUUGACCAUUAGUCCAUACAAGAAGGUGUACAAAAGCUUUUAUAGUUGUGUGGACAAUCAUGGACUAAGCAUUUUGGAAUUUGAUAAGUUUGAAACCCAGAUUCAGUGGCUUCUUACAGUAGUUCCUCCAUCUGUUCGUCUAUACCUUGAAAAAAGACGCCAGGAUUUAGUAUGA